CUUGUUUUUGUUGUUGCGGUGGUGGUGACGUUAGGGUUUGGUUAGGUCCUGGGUGUGAAAUCUGUGACUCAUUCAUUCGCGACCGAAUUUUCUUCAGCCAUUCAAACGAGCUUCAAGAGCCUCUCUUUAUUCUUUGCUUAGUAGAGUUGAGAGAUCUUACAACCGUAAUCAUGAAGGCGAAAAUGGCAUUUCAACAUCAAGCAGGGACAGCUAUGGAGUGUUUAAGUAUUCCUAUAACCCUUCACAAGGAAACAGUUAUGGAUGAUCUUGGACGUGAAGUUCUCAAAUGUGGUUUUAAAAUUGGCGGCGGAAUUGAUCAAGACUUCAGGAAAAGUCCCCAAGGCUACACGGAUAAUGGAAUUUAUGUCACAGAAGUUCAUGACGGCAGUCCAGCAGCCAAGGCAGGUCUUCGGAUGCAUGACAAAAUUUUACAGUGCAAUGGAUAUGAUUUUACAAUGGUUACACACAAGAAAGCUGUGGACUACAUCAAGAAGCACCCUAUUCUCAACCUACUGGUCGCUCGGAAGGGUGUGACAUCAACAUAACCAUUCAUUACUUGAAAAAAUGAUUUUGUACCUGUAUAAAUAUUUUUACUGCCUGUUAUGAUGCAGGACACUUGGUUUCCAGCUAGAGAAUAUUGUUUCUUGUUCUAAAAACAGAAUUGUAAACCAGAAUUUGAUUUUAACUGUUAAAGGAAAGAAAGAGAAACAUUCUUGUGAGAACAAAUCUUUAUUCUACAUUGUGAUUUUACCACAAAUGGAGUUUGGAUUGCCUUGUUGUGAAACAAUGCAUUAAGUACUUUAUGUAAGUUCUCCCACUUUUUAUAAAUUUUGUAAUUUGUAUUCUUGAACUUCAAAAGUUGAUGCCUUGUGUUCUCUUGCUCUUGAGAUACUUUUUUUUAUUGGGUUUGUCUAAAUUAAAGUGUUUGUUCAAAUUACAGGCAGCUAAUUUAAUGUUCUAAUUCUCUUAAGCAUUCUUUUAUGUUAGCUUUUGUGCUGAUUGAUUUUUUUCUGGGAACAUUUGUGUUAAGAUGUGGAUGGAAUUUGAAACUGUGAAUGUGAUAUAGAAUGGAUGUAGUUGAUAUCAUGCUUAAGUACUCUCUUGAACAUUGACAUUUUGUCACCUGUGAGCUUGUAAUUGCUAUUUUUGGGGAAAUUUGGCAAAAUUAUCAUUAUCUACUUGUCCUCAAAAUGCAUAUUGAAAAUUAUUGUCAUGGCCUUAUUAAUACACCAUACUUGUGGGGUAAAGUGCAUGCCAAUUGCAUCCUUAAAUAUUCAUCUAGUGGUUAGAGACAGGAGGUGGGUGUGGAUAUUGCUUUUCAUUUGAAAGUAGUUGAAUUGUAUUCCUGAAGCAACCAAAGAUUACUGUCCCAAAUAGCUGUUCCGUGAUUAUACAACUCUGUUUCCUGAUGGCCUGUAUUUUCUCAUUGGUGAUUAAUUAAUACUGUAGGGAGCUCUUCGUAUAGGUUUUAAGUUUGUGAUUUAAUGGUAGCCUUUGAGAUCAUUGUGCUGAUGUGUAGUCUGUAGAAUUCCUUAUUAUUGUUUUCUCAAUGGUGGGAAAGUUAAGAAAAAAAUGAUUGACAUUUUCAGUCUUAUAACCAGCUUCCAUAGAAUUAUUUUUUCAGUCCAGAUUGUGCUUUUAUUUACUUCAGAAUGCUUUCUUAAUCUUUUUUGCUUGAACUGGUCUGCAUUGAGUUAAAGUUGAAUUUUAAAGUUAUUUCUUUGUGCCAAAUACCUGUUUUAAUAGUUGACUAAUCCUACAAUUGUAUGGUGCUUUGGGGGGAUAUAUUGCAGAUCUAACACUGUGCUCUAUAACUUUGUAGACUUCUUUCUACAUUAAUCACAUGUGUUAUGAUUGCAAAGCCAUCUGUACAGUAAACCAGAGAAAACGUGAAGAAAUAAACUCAGACUCGUGUUUCCAAAAGAUUGGUGAGAACAACAAUUUAAAAAAAAAAAUGUUGCAGAAGCUGAGGUUUUUAAAAUAUUAUUGAUUUACCUUCCAUUUAUCUUUAUAGUCUUAGAUAUACAAAGACAAUGGAAAAUUUCCUCCUCAUUUCUUUUUUUUUACUUUUAUAAAUGAAAUCAAUAUGCCCAACAAAGAGUCAUUUGUUUAUGUUAAUGUUUGAGCAUUUAUCUAUAAUAGUUUUAUGUGUAUGUUGAUUUAAAAACAGUAUUGUUAUUGUGUAUUGCAUUGUAAUCGUGGGAAUUUUUCUUGUACCAUUUGAAAGUAGUCUCAGCAUUGAUACAAUGCUCUGUUUUAUGAUACAUAAGUUAGGUGUCUCCUCCAGUAACUUGUGCUGGUUUAGUAAUGUAGCAACCUGUAUGUAUGAACACUGUAUUCCUUUUGAGGAGCCAAAUCGAUAGAAGUUGUUAAACACCAAAUAUAAUGACACUGAAUUUUUA